UUGCUUUUAGGGAGAAACAAAAAAUAAGUCAAAGCCAAAACCAAAAACUUUUCCCAAGUUUCUAUAAGGUGUAUUACUAUGGCUUUGCAAAUGGUGAUUCUGGCUACCCUUCUAUCCCCUUCUCAUGGUAUAAGUCCCAUUCUAGCUGGUUUGGCAUGCUCAUUUCUACUUAAACUCUCCUUCAGUGUCAGCCUUCUUCAUCAGGGUUGUAUCGAUAUAAGCCAAGGCGUUAGGCUUUUAAUAUACCAUGUGGGUCAAAUAGCCUUUGGAUUUGAACCAGCUCUUAGCAGCAGCAACAGCAGCAACCGCAGAUGGCAGCAAGCUCUUCAGAUACUCUGCAGGAGAGUAGUCAGUGUGAGAAGAGAAGAAGAAAGAGAAGAGAAAGGAAUGGCUUGGAGCGGAGAGAAGCGAAAAGAAGUUGUUACGUUCUUGAGAGUCUUGCUAGUGUUGGUGGCGGCGGUGCAAACGACGGGGUUGUAUGGGGUUAAGCUGAAGAAGAAGGAGCACCGGAACGCUUACGCGACGAUGAUGUACAUGGGGACGCCGAGGGACUACGAGUUCUAUGUCGCGACACGUGUUUUGAUAAGAUCGCUUGUUAGGCUCCAAGUGGACGCUGAUCUCAUCGUCAUUGCUUCCCUCGACGUUCCCCUCCGUUGGGUGCGCGCCCUGGAACAGGAAGAUGGAGCAAAGGUGGUGAGGGUGGAGAACAUUGAUAACCCUUACAAGGGUCAACAAAAUUUUGAUAAGAGAUUCAAGUUAACAUUGAACAAACUAUAUGCCUGGAGUUUGGUGGACUAUGACAGAGUGGUCAUGCUAGAUGCUGACAAUCUUUUCCUCCAGAAAACUGAUGAAUUAUUCCAAUGUGGGCAGUUUUGUGCAGUCUUUAUCAACCCCUGCAUCUUUCAUACUGGCCUCUUUGUGUUGCAGCCAUCAUUAGAGGUAUUCAAAGACAUGAUUCACCAACUGGAAACUGGUAAAGAAAACCCUGAUGGUGCAGACCAGGGAUUUAUCGGUGCCUACUUCCCUGAUUUGCUCGACCAGCCAAUGUUCCAUCCGCCCCUAAAUGGCACCAAUCUAGAUGGGCAAUACAGACUUCCUAUGGGCUAUCAAAUGGAUGCCUCUUAUUAUUAUCUUAGACUUCGUUGGAGUGUAACAUGUGGACCUAACAGUGUGAUCACUUUCCCUGGUGCACUAUGGUUGAAGCCAUGGUAUUGGUGGUCUUGGCCUGUCCUGCCCCUAGGCAUUGAAUGGCAUGAAAAUCGUCGUCAAACUCUAGGGUACGCAGCUGAGAUGCCUAUUGUAAUAAUCCAAUCCAUUAUUUUUCUCGGAAUCAUCAUGAUGACACGUCUAGCACGCCCCAGCAUCUCCAAACUAUGUUACCGUCACUCAGACAAAAGCACAUCUUUGAUGCAAACAGGCCUAAAGGUUAUAGCAAUCUGGUCAAUUCUUGCAGCCUAUAUAGUUCCCUUCGCCAUUAUUCCUCGUACAAUUCAUCCAUUGGUAGGCUGGGCAUUAUAUUUCCUUGGUUCGAUUGCUCUUUCCUCUAUUGCAAUCAAUUCAUUUUUGCUGCCAGUCAUUCUAGUUUCUGUUCCUUUGAUUGGGAUUUUUGGGUCUCUUUUGGUCAUGGCAUAUCCUUGGUACCCCAAUGGAAUUAUAAGAGCUUUAGCUGUUUUCGGCUAUGCUUUUUGUUAUGCUCCUAUUGCUUGGGGUUCAAUAGUUAAGGUCAUGGCAAGGCUUCAGGUCUCACUUGAAAGAGAACAAUUUUUCCCAAUAUUGGGUGAAUCUUCACCACCAUCUGGCUUUAACAAGUUGUAUUGAGACUUACCAGCGAUAUAAAUAUUCAAGGAGACCAAGGACUUUAACAAGAUUCUUUUUCUUUUGCCCGGGAAAAAAAAAAAAAAUAUUGACAGAAUUCGAAGACUUUGGUGAAAACAGAAGGUGAUUGGAAUUUCAUUCAACAUUUG